AUGGGUAGUAAGUGGGGAAGAAGAGUGUUUCUGCCUCUGCCUAAAUUGACUGAGAUUCUGCUAAUCCCCUGGGCAGGAUUGUUUUACUCCACCUCUGUCAGAGAAAACUUCCCACAGGGUUAUGCUAGUAUGGCUAGCCUUUACUUUUACAGUCAGUCUGCCCUUGUGAUGACCAUACCAGUAUAUGUGUUCUUCCACCUUUGGACUUGGAUGGGUGUUAAACUCUUUAAGUGUAAUCAAUGCAACCACAGCGGGGAUAGUAAAUAUAUUAAUGAUAGGUCUUAG